AUGAGGACAAUCUUGAAAAUAACACUGCUGGUGGUUGGUCCGACUGCUAACCAUAGUUUCAGCUAUUGCGUCCGACAUAGCGUACGGUUUUUCUCUCGUUGGCUGUCCGCUAAUGACUCUGCCCUAACUUCAACGAUUGGCACCAAGAAACUGCUGAAAAUCCGAGUCAAAUGGUUCUACGCUACAGAUGUACCACUUUCAAAGCCUGAGUGGUUCAACUACCAGCAGGAGAAGGACGCUGCCAAUUUUAUACCUUUCUCAGACUACGACUCUGGUCAAUUAGAGUCAAAAUACCAAGAAUUGCACAGGCAAGUUCCGGCUUCCAGCGUAGACAUAUCACCUACUGUGGAAGUCAAUGAGGACAAAUUGUUCCAGGUAGAUUUGAAGAAGUUCGAGAUAGAGCCGAUUUACUGGGAGGGACCCAUUUACGAAGUUCGUAGGGGCACCUGGUUUGACUCUGGUGGUAUACCUUUGCCCUACAAAGUUGCUAGGGCUAUUGAAGAUGGAUACCAACAUUUGAAGCCAUACCAAUUUGUUGAGAGACCAGUGUUGGACGAUAUGUUUUCAAAGGAAAACGUUGCUCGUUUCAGUAGCCAAAGAGAUCUUGUAGUUGAGUUCAAUAAGCUCAAGGAUCUGGUCAAGGAAGUAGCCUCGUCUGUGAAGCUAGAUGAAGAACCAGAUCUCAUAGAGCUUCUGAACGGGAACUAUGUUCUCUUUGUAGAUAGCAAGGAUGCGUUCAUAUUUCCCAAAUCUUUCAACACCCCUUUCCAACUCAAUGCCAUUAGAACCCUUGCGCCCACUAGUGCUGCCUACAUGGUUGGAGUGCAAAAGAUACAGCGAGGUUACACGGACGAUUUGGGAGAGUCAAUAUUGGACUCUAUUGCCAACAGCAACCCACUUCCUAAUUGGACAGAGACAAUUGAUUCGGAAUUAGGGUCGAUGUUUCGACAGAAGACUAAGAAAUCCGGACAAGAUAGCAGUACACAAGAGAAUCAACAUAUGAAGAAAGUCAUGGAAUCAGACUAUGAUUUGGAAGUUUCUGCUGCUUCUUCCAAUCGUGAAAUUGACCAUUUGGUGCUCUGUGUACAUGGUAUAGGGCAAGUAUUGGGGGGUAAGUAUGAAUCGGUGAACUUCACUCAUAGUAUUAACGUUCUUAGAAAAACGAUGAGAACAGUCUACAAAGAAGAUAAGAGAUACAAGGCGUUGGCAUACCCCAAGGACGAGCUGGUAGAAACAACGAAGAACAAUAGAAUACAAGUCCUACCUAUAUCAUGGAGACAUAAGGUGGACUUCCAUCCUUCCAAACCCAUAGAAUCGUUUGACAGCAAAGGGAAGCAUCGUUUGCCUACUUUGUCACAGAUCAAUGUCGACGGUGUCAAGGCUUUGCGAAGUCUUCUAGGUGACGUUGUAUUAGAUAUUCUUCUCUACUAUGAACCUAAGUAUGCCAAUCAGAUCUACUCAGUGGUGAUUUCUGAGCUAAACAGAGUAUAUCAAUUAUACAAGGAAAGAAAUCCCCAUUUCAAUGGCAAGAUUCAUAUCAUGGGCCAUUCGUUGGGAUCCGCUAUUGUUUUUGACAUAAUGUCGAACCAACGCACAGUUCAAGGGCAAGGACUUGAUCUCAUUAAGGAAUUAGACUUCGAAGUUGAGAACUUGUUCUGUGUGGGCUCACCUGCUGGAAUGUUCAAGUUGUUGGAACAAAAGAACAUUGCUUCACGUUCAUUGGUAUCUGGUCCCAUAUCCACAGAGUAUGAUUCUCCAAAAUGCAAAAGUUUGUUCAACAUUUUCCAUCCAUGUGACCCAGUAGGUUACAGAAUGGAGCCAUUGGUUAAUCCAGAGUAUGCUAGAUUUAAGCCGGAACAAAUUCCCUUUGCUGUGAGAGGCUUAAACACUCAGAUCAAAGAAUUGGCCAGCAUGGGAGAUGGACUCUCCGAGAAGAUUCUAAAAGCCUCAAAUUGGUUCAGCAAGGGCGGCGACGAAACAAAGACAGACGGUAAGAGUGUAGAAGAAGUGGCAGCACAAGAGACUCCACUUGGAGACAUUAUUACAUCCAUUGCCAAAGGAGGUAAGAAGUCUGACAGCAAGAGUGUGUCCAAAAAGGUUGAACUUCAGGGUGAUAAGUUGGAGCCGUUACUAGCUUUAAAUCGAACAGGAAGAGUGGAUUACUGUUUACCUAUGGGAGUGUUUGACCUUUCAUUCAUUUCUGCUGUAAGUGCACAUGUCUCAUACUUUGAAGAUGAGGAUACUGCUGGCUUUAUAAUGAAGGAAGUCCUCUCCUCCGGCAAAGAAGCGGUAACAUCCAAGACAUUUACGACCUAUCAAUAA